CCUGCACUCCCGCUGGCUGUUCGAGGGCAUCUUCAACGUCGCCAUUACAGUGCCCUAGGCUUCCACCCUCCAGACUACGCUUACCUCGUUCUCGCCCGAAUCCUCGAAUACCAAUUGCAGUGCCGGGCCCUGACACUGCCGCAACACCAUUCGGGAAAGGCCACGUUUGGCGGAGCAAGUGCGGGAUACUUUUAGGAAUUGAGCGAGAGCGCGCGGCGGGAGCUCUACACCACACAAAAUGGACAAGAAGCAUGAGGAUGUCGGCGGGGUGGCACAGAUCGACAAGACGUCGGUAUUCCAAGAGGCGCGAGUCUUCAACCAGAGUCCUAUUUCGCCCAGGAAAUGCAGAGUGAUCUUGACCAAGCUGGCGUUGCUGCUCUUCACUGGCGAGAGCUGGGGACGACAAGAAGCCACCACGCUCUUCUUCGGCAUUUCGAAGCUGUUCCAGAAUAAGGAUGCCUCUCUCCGCCAGAUGGUCUACCUUGUCAUCAAGGAGCUCGCUGGCUCUGCCGACGAUGUCAUCAUGGUCACCUCCUCCAUUAUGAAGGAUACGUCCGUGGGCAGCGACGUCGUAUACCGCCCGAAUGCAAUCCGCGCCCUCUGCCGCGUUAUUGAUGCCUCCACCGUACAAGCCAUCGAGCGCCUCGUCAAGACGUGCAUAGUCGACAAGAACCCCUCGGUAUCCUCCGCUGCGCUGGUCUCAGCGUACCACCUUCUCCCAGUCGCAAAGGAUGUCGUCCGAAGAUGGCAGUCGGAGGCAGCAGAAGCAGCGUCUGGAAGCAAGUCGGGAGGUGGAUUCUUGGGCGGAUUUGGAGGUGGUUCGCACACUGCUCUCCAGGCCAGCACAAACUACAUGACACAGUACCAUGCCAUUGGUCUGCUGUACCAGAUGCGGUCAGGCGACCGGAUGAGCUUGGUCAAGAUGGUGCAGCAAUACUCGGCCGCGGGCGUCGUCAAGAGCCCUGCCGCUACUGUAUUGCUGGUCAGGCUAGCAGCUAAGCUUGCUGAGGAGGACCCAAAUCUGCGAAAGCCUAUGAUGCAGCUCCUCGACAGCUGGUUGCGCCACAAGUCCGAAAUGGUCAACUUCGAGGCUGCAAAGGCCAUCUGCGACAUGCGCGACGUUACCGACGGCGAGCUCGUACAAGCUGUUCACGUCUUGCAGCUCUUCCUUACUUCUCCUCGCGCUGUCACAAAGUUUGCUGCCCUCAGGAUACUUUCGCAAAUGGCUUCCUUCAAGCCGGACGCUGUGCGAUCCUGCAACCAAGACAUCGAAUCGCUCAUCACCAACUCGAACCGCAGCAUUGCCACUUUCGCCAUUACUACCCUGCUCAAGACCGGCAACGAGUCAUCGGUCGACAGGCUGAUGAAGCAAAUUACUGGCUUCAUGGCUGAGAUCACUGACGAAUUCAAGGUCACCAUUGUCGAGGCUGUACGAACGUUGGCGCUGAAGUUCAAGGCCAAGCAGUCCGGUUUCCUUGCUUUCCUUAGCGGCAUUCUGCGCGACGAAGGUGGCUACGAGUUCAAGCGAUCCGUUGUCGAGGCCAUCAUGGAUUUGAUCCGAUUCGUCCCAGAAGCCAAGGAGGAUGCGCUAGCAACCCUAUGCGAAUUUAUCGAGGACUGCGAGUUCACCAAGCUCGCCGUGAGGAUUCUGUUCGUUCUUGGAAGAGAAGGUCCUUCAACGGCACACCCAACCAAGUACAUCCGAUACAUCUAUAACCGCGUCGUGCUGGAGAACGCCAUUGUCAGAGCUGCGGCCACCUCUGCGCUCGCCAAGUUUGGUGUCGGCCAGAAGGAUCCCGAGAUCAAGAAGUCGGUCCAUGUCCUCCUUACUCGAUGUCUGGAUGAUGUUGAUGACGAGGUUCGGGAUCGUGCAGCGUUGAAUCUCAGCUUAAUGGACCAAGCCGACGACGACAUGGCUGUCAGCUUCAUUCGCAACGACUCCAUGUUCUCGUUACCCGUUCUCGAACAUCAGCUAGCCCUGUAUGUCAGCUCCGACUCUCGCGACACCUUUGAAAGUGCAUUCGACAUCACCAAGAUCCCCACCGUAUCUCGGGAACAGGCAGAUGCCGCAGACCUCACAAAGAAAACCGAAGGCGCUACUCCUACGCUCAAAGCUCCCAGUGCUGCCAAGGCACCGUCGAAAGCUGGCGCGGACGCUGCGGCGUCUGCGGCGACAAACGCGCAGAAGUACGCUGUGGAACUACAGAAGAUUCCAGAACUCGCAGCGCAUGGUGGCGUCCUCAAGUCGAGCGCUGUCGUCGAGCUCACCGAGUCAGAAACCGAAUACGUCGUCACAGCCAUCAAGCACAUCUUCAAGGAUCACGUUGUCCUCCAGUAUGACAUCAAGAACACAUUGCCCGACACCGUACUGCUCGAUGUCGAGAUGGUCGUUUCACCCGAAGACGACGGUGAUGUCCAGCUGGAAGAAGAGUUUGUUAUUCCUGCACCAAAGCUCUCCACAAACGAACCUGGAACCGUCUACGUGUCUUUCAAGCGCCUGGAGACCGAGUCACAAUUCAUUGCCACUAGCUUUACCAAUGUGUUGAAAUUCACGAGUAAAGAGAUCGACCCGAGUACCGGUGAGCCAGAGGAUGGCGAUGGGUACCCUGAUGAGUAUCAAGUUGAGGAUCUGGACCUUAAUGGCGCAGAUUAUAUCGUUCCAGCAUACGCUGGCAGCUUUGACAACGUUUGGGAGCAAUCGAAUGGGGAUUCUGCAACCGAGACAUUGCAGCUGGGCAAUAUCAAGAGCAUAGCAGACGCAACAGAACAACUCACAAACACCCUCUCCCUACAGCCCCUCGAAGGCACAGACGUCACUCUCUCAGCCUCAACACAUACUCUUAAGCUGUACGGCAAGACAAUUUCAGGCGGAAAAGUUGCGGCGAUGGUUAGGAUGGCUUUCAGUGCAAAGACGGGUGUGACGAUGAAGAUUGAUGUCCGCAGCGAGGAGGAGGGUGUCGCGGCGCUAGUAGUAGGUAGUGUUGCAUGAAGGGAAUUAAGAAGUUAAGCGUUUGGUUUAGAAGGAAAAGGAUCAAUUGGCUUGACAAGCAUGUGGGAGU